AUGUCCUCCGUUGCCAAACAAGCUGCCAAGAAGGUCGAUUUCGGUAAACUUAUCAAUGGUUUGGGUUUAACCGGAUCCACUGCUGCAUCAUUGACUGCUUUCAAAAAGAGACACGAUGAAGCUAAAAAACAAUACAUAGAUUUAUCCAGUGAAUCAACUGAAAUUGAUUUUGCUCAUUACAGAUCAGUUUUGAAGAAUUCUAAAGUUGUUGAUGAAAUUGAAAAAGCUGUUAAUGGUUUCAAACCAGUUACUAUUGAUAUUUCUAAGGAUUUGAAAAACAUUGAAAUUUUCGAACAAAAAGCUGUUGAAAAUGCCAAAUUAACUGAAAAAUCCGUCCUUGAAGAAAUCCAAGUCUUGCAAAAAACUUUGAAGGAAAUUGAAAGUGCUAGACCAUUCGAUCAAUUGACUGUUACCGAUGUUGCUGCUGCUUCUGACUUGGAUGCUAAAGUUACCUACAUGGUUAAGAACGCCAAAUGGGAUGUUCCAGGUUACAAGGAAAAAUUCGGUGACUUGUCUGCUAUGUAA